CGUGUGUCGGCGACGGGAAACGACGUAACGUCCGCUGGCGCUCACAAACCGCAUCCACUGUGUGUAACCGUAGUCCGUAUACCAUCGCACCUAUAGCCCGUACGUACGUUAACCGCCGCGGCGUCUCUUCCACACCAUAUUAUAUUUAUUCUUCGCACCGCCACCGUUACCCCCGCGGACGACGCAACACCGUGUGUUUAGUACGCGACGCAUUUUUGUUUUUUUUUUCAGUUUGCCAACGACGACGAUCACGCCGUUGUCUCAUCUACGAUUGCUGUGAAUCGUUCGCGUCGGCGGCCGUAGUAAUACACGCGCAUAAACGCGUUCAUAUAUACCGACAUCAACGCGCGGUUUAAUAUAAAUCAUAUUUAGUCACUAUGUCCGAAAGGGAAGAGAACGUAUACAAGGCGAAGCUCGCCGAACAGGCGGAAAGAUACGAUGAAAUGGUCGAGUCCAUGAAAAAAGUAGCAUCGUUAGACGUAGAAUUAUCCGUAGAAGAACGGAACCUGUUAUCUGUGGCCUACAAAAAUGUGAUUGGUGCUAGGCGUGCUAGCUGGCGCAUUAUUUCAAGCAUUGAACAGAAAGAAGAAAAUAAAGGUGCUGAAGAAAAGUUAGAAAUGAUCCGUCAGUACAGAUCACAGGUCGAAAAGGAGUUAAGAGAUAUUUGUUCAGACAUUUUAAAUGUCCUCGACAAACACUUAAUAGCUUGUGCUGCUUCUGGUGAAUCCAAAGUCUUUUAUUAUAAGAUGAAAGGUGAUUACCACCGAUACCUGGCUGAAUUCGCUACUGGCGAUGACAGGAAAGAAGCUGCUGAACAUUCUCUGGUUGCCUACAAAGCUGCUAGUGAUAUUGCCAACCAAGACCUACCUCCCACUCAUCCAAUAAGGUUGGGUUUGGCAUUGAAUUUCUCGGUGUUCUACUACGAGAUACUUAACACCCCAGAUAGAGCGUGUCAUUUAGCCAAAAAAGCAUUUGACGAAGCCAUUGCUGAAUUGGACACAUUGUCUGAAGAAAGCUACAAAGACUCCACACUUAUCAUGCAAUUGUUAAGGGACAACCUAACUUUGUGGACUUCAGAUAUGCAAGGGGAUGGCACAGAAGCUGAACCAAAAGAACAGCUUCAAGACGUUGAAGACCAAGACGUCUCAUAAAUACAAUUGGCGACUGUACUAAAAUUUAAAUUAAAAAAAUUAAUUUGUCAUCGAAAAACAUUGUCAACAUUGUACAAAAUAUUAAUAAUAUCAAGUAUGAAAACAAAAUUUAUGCAUUCAAUAGUAACAGCUCUAAAAAGUUAUCAUGACUCACUCCAAGACUGUCAAAUUUUUUUUCGUACACUUUGAUUUUAUUUUAUUUUACUGGCAGGGGAAAAUGGCAUAGUAAUUCUGUUUUUAAACCACUCCUUAAUUCAAAUUUUUAUUAUAUUUUUUUUUUUGUUCAGUAUUAUGUGUUAAAAGUUUUAUUUUUGUAUUUAAAUUAUAAGGCUUUUAUUAUAUUUAUAUUUAUAUUUAUUCCUUUUUUUAGAAAAAGAAAUAGUUGAGCAAAAACAAUAGUAUACCUAAUAGUUUGUGUUAUAUAUUCAUUAGAUAAUAUUCUUUUUUUUCUAUUAUAUAUUGAUAAAAUAUAUGUUAAAUACAAAUAAGUCAUGAUUAAAAGUAAAUCUCAUUUACAACACUGAUAUAGGUUUAUCGAUGCCUUAAAAGAGAGUUCCUGUUAUUAGACCAGUGAAUUUUUUUUUGUUUUAAUUUAUAUACAUCAAUAUUUCUUUGUUACAUUACCAAUAAUAAUCAAACAUUUUAUUGCUGUUUAGUUUUCAUUACAUUUUUAUUUCCAACAUCACAAAUAGUUUACAUGCAAAAUGUAUGCAUUUGUACAUUUAAUAAAAUUGGAAUCAAAGUGUACUAUCAUACUUUUUUUCUUUCUUUAUAGUCGGAACUUUUUUUAUUUUUGACUUAAUGGACAAGUCCAUUUAAAAUUCAAAUAUUUACGUCAAUUAGUUUUUACUUUUAUAACAAACAUUUGAAUUGAAUAAACGACAGCCCAUAGCGUGCCCUUAAUUAAACCCCUGCCUUUUUUAUAUAUAUGUAUAAGAGUGUCUGUAUUUGUAUUAAUACAAAUAAUUUACAUAUAUACAAGUAUGCUUAUUAAAAAUUUAACCCUUGGAAAUUACUUCAGCAAUAAUUAAUUGUAAUAUUGUUAAUGGUUUUAAUUGUCUGUAACAACAAGAAAACAAGAGCUACAUCUAAAAUAUGUUUUUGUCAUUCCGUUUUCUUAGACUAAAAAAAAAAAAUCGUAGGUUAUGUGUUUUAAUAUAGAAUUAUUAUUACUAUAGGGUUUAUUAUUAUAUUAAUUUACUAUACGAUAAAAAAGUUUUGUUGUAAGAAAAAAAGUCAUAAUGCUUUCUUCUCAUCAAGUUUCCCAAGGAGUUUGUUUUAUAUAAACUGCAACUUUUAUAUAUAUAACGUUGUAUAAACUUAUAUUUAUAUAUUAUAAAAACAAGGUGUUAUUAUAUUAAUAGAACUCUGCGAGUAAAUUAAAAUACAGUGUUUGUAGUGCUACGAAAACUUUGUUUCGCAAAACUAUAUAUUGAUAGCAUUUUUUUUAUUUGUGAUAUGUUUUUUUUUUUUAUUAAUUUAUUUAUUAUUAUUUACUGUAAUAAUUAUUUAACUUCAUGUACUGACAAUACUCGUGUAUUUUUUAUUGUGUAUUCAUCACAUUGAAUACGGACCAAAUGUUAACAGUUAAAAUUUAAAAAGAAAAACUUAACGUAGUCCUUAGCCACUUAUCGAUUAUUUAGUCUUAUUUAUUGUGUAGAUUUUUUUUCUACUUCUCAGUAUACGUGAUUAUUGAAAAAUAUUGAAUGAAAUUAUUUGACAGUGUUUCCGGAGCGUUUCCUUUGCCGGUAAUAAAUUGUAAUAUAUUAUAUCGUAUAUAUAUUUUAAAAAUUGCAUAAUAUAAUUAAAAUUAACGAGUGAGUGUAAUAGGGGAGCUAAUUUGCCCUUCCUGACCUACCUGUAUUAUUUAAUAGACAUGUCAGUAAUUUUUUUACAUACAGUUUUAAGAUUUAUAUUAUUUAUUUGUCUCUUAAAUAAUAAAAUUAAUAAUAUUUCAUCUAUAA